UGCGGUGAGGAGCUGCCUUCUGCCGCUGCUGGCGCUGAUGCUAGCCGCUGUGACCGGGGUCCUUGCCUCAGAAGCAUGGAAGCACAAGGCUUUAACAGAGAUGUUUAUGAGUGGACUGGAGACAUUUCAUUCAACAAGAGUGAAGCCACCUCAUUUUCAAGAGGCAUUGCAUCAUCUUACCCUGACAAAUAAGAUUGAGUCAGAAUAUCUCACAGAUAUGAGCCCAAAGAACCAGUUGACCACUUGUGUCCUCUGCGAUGUGGUUUUGAAUGCAGUAUUGGCAUAUUACAAGAAUGGGAAAUCUAAAGAUGAAUUACAAGCUUUAGUCUUGGAUGCUUGCGUCACACUCAACAUACAGACUGAGGAGGUCUGCAGUGGCCUCAUUGAGAGCAAUAUUGAUACAGUGGUGUACAUAAUUGAUAACACCCCAACUCUGACAGGAAAUCAGAUAUGUAGCAUUCUUCUGCAGGACUUAGACUGUGCAGAGACUGAGCCUCCAUAUGAAUGGACAGUUGAUAUUGAUCUUGGAGAGAAACCACAGUAUGUUCCACCAUCAGAUCCAGUGGAGGGUGAGGUGCUCACAGUGCUCCAUAUAACAGAUGCUCACUAUGAUCCAAUGUACUCACCGGGUGGCAUGGCAGCAUGUGACGAGCCGACAUGUUGCCGCAGUGAUCAGGGUCAGCCACCAGAUGCAGCAUCUGCUGCUGGUUACUGGGGUGACUACAGGGACUGUGAUAUGCCCUGGCACAGUGUGGUGUCCAUGCUUAAAAAUGCUGUCACACAGAAUCCUGACAUCAAUCAUGUUUACUUUACUGGUGACAUCAUUGACCAUGGAGUGUGGCAGACAAGCAUACAAAGGAAUAACGAGUCAUUCCAGCUUUUUUAUCCAACACUGAAACAGGCAUUUGGUGAAGCCACUGUUUUCCCAGCAUUUGGCAACCAUGAAGCACAUCCUUUCGACCAGUACGCACCUGAUGAUGUAACAGAUGAUACUGUAUCCUCCAAAUGGCUUUACGAAACAAUGGCAAAUCUGUGGCAGAUGUGGCUACCAGCUGAUAUAGUACCAACUGUUAUGAAGGGGGGAUAUUAUACAACCCUUGUGAGACCAGGACUUCGGAUCAUAUCUCUCAACAACAAUGUGUGCUAUAAGUAUAACUGGUGGAUUCAUUACAAGCCUGCAGAUCCAAGUGAACAGCUCAAGUGGUUAGCAGAAACAUUACUUGCAGCUGAAGCAGCAGGAGAAAAAGUACACAUUCUUGGCCAUGUUCCAUCAGGAUCUAGUGACUGCUAUUCAACAUGGUCAAGAGAAUACAACAAAAUAGUUGAUCGAUUUGAGUACACCAUUGCAGCUGUAUUCAAUGGACACACACACAAAGACAGGUUUCAGCUGCACUAUGCUUCUGAUGAUACAUCUAGGGCCAGCAUUGUUGCUUACAAUGGAGGAAGUCUUGUGACAUACAGUGAUGUAAAUCCAAAUUACAAAGUCUACAAAGUGGAUGGAAAUACAGGAGCUGUUGUGGAUUACACUUCUUGGAUGUUUAAUCUUACUGAAGCCAACCUUGACCCAAAUACUGAGCCUAAAUGGUACAAACUUUACUCUUUCCGAGAAGCUUAUGGUGUGGAGUCUAUGAAUUUGACUGAAUUGGACAAAUUAGUCCAUCGAAUGGCUGAGACUCCUGAGAUCAUACAGCAAUACUAUGGAUACUCUGUGAAAGAGGGAGAUCCAAGUUUGGCAUCAGGCUGUGAUGCAAAUUGCCAGAGAAGUCAACUGUGCACUAUUGUUACAUCCUAUUUCAGAGACACUACUAAAUGUGACGAAAUAACAGCCAGUAUGCCUGGAAGAGCAAAAAUUUUGAAUAAGUAAUUUAAAAGAAAGCCACAAAGAUGAAACUGCCUUCUAACCGACACAUUACAACAUGAAACUAGUGAAGCAGUAACGUAAAGAGUGAAAAAUCACUAAGCUUUUGAUGCCUCUACAGAGUAUUCAUUUAGUUUAAUGUGCUAUAAUUUUUGUGGUCAUUCAAUUCUAGCAAGCAAUGAGUCAGUCAC